AUGUGUCUUUUGGCUGUUCUGAGAUCUGCAAUUCUCCAUGAAAAUAUUUUGUAGGAUAGAGAAGUUGAACAUUUGAUCAUAUGCAGUAGCACAGGACACAUGGAGGACAGCUGACCUGAUUACAAAAGAGUAUUUGGGCUUGGCCAUGGAAUCAAUAUGGAUGUUACUGCUAUCGGCAGUAUAUAUGUUGAAAGUGUGUGCACAGUUUAAUGGAUACAAUUGUGAUGCCAAUCAUCAUAGCAGAUUUCCAGCGGAAAGAGAUAUCAGCGUCUAUUGUGGAGUACAGACAAUUACCAUGAAGAUAAACUUUUGUACAGUUCUCUUCUCUGGUUAUUCAGAAACAGAUCUAUCACUGAAUGGAAAACAUGGAGAUGCACUCUGCAGAGGCUUCAUAAACAAUAACACUUUUCCAGCUGUUGUGAUCUUCACUAUUAACCUGAGCACCCUGGAAUCAUGUGGGAAUAGCUUAGUGGUAUCUACAGUUCCAGGAGUUAAUGUAUAUGGGAAUGUAUCAAUGGUGCAAAUAGGAAACGUCUCUGGAUACAUAGAUACUCCAGAUCCUCCUACAAUAAUCAGCUAUUUGCCAGGACUUUUGUACAAAUUUAGUUGCAGUUAUCCACUUGAAUACUUGGUUAACAACACACAACUUGCAUCAUCUUCAGCAGCUAUUUCUGUUCGUGAUGGAAAUGGUACAUUUAUCAGUACUCUGAAUUUACUCCUCUAUAAUGAUUCAACCUACAGAGAACAAUUACUAAUACCAAGUGCAGGGUUGCCACUGAAAACCAAAAUAUAUGCAGCAGUAAGAGCAACCAAUCUUGACGGACGGUGGAACGUUUUAAUGGACUACUGUUACACCACUCCAUCUGGCAACCCAAACGAUGACAUCAGAUAUGAUCUUUUCCUCAGCUGUGACAAAGACCCUCAGACUACUAUUUUUGAGAACGGCAAGAGUCAAAUGGGGAGGUUUUCAUUUGAAGUUUUCCGAUUCGUCAAGCAUAAAAACCAGAAAAUGUCCACAGUAUUUUUGCACUGCGUGACAAAGCUGUGUAGAUCAGAUGAUUGCCCUUACUUAACACCUACUUGUCACAACAGAGAAAGAAGAGAUGCAGUAUUGAAAACCACACUUACUCCUCAAAGCCUUUCUGGAAAUGCAGUGGUAUCUGCUGGACCCAUUAUUACCAGAAGUGACGAGACACCUACAAACAACUCACAGCUUGCCCAACAAAGCAAUCCCAACUUCCAAAUCAACUCUGUCACCAGUGCACUCAUCUCAGGAGUGGUAAUCCUUGGUGCCACCAGCUUUUGUUUCUUUAUAUUUUCUCUCACUCUCCUCAGCAAGAAGAAGCAAAACAGUUUGGUUUUAUGUGGUGUACAAAAUCCAUCAUUCAAUUAAAUUGAGAUAUUUGCACAAAAAAAUACAACAGCAAAAACAUUUGACAUGUAAAUUUGAUUCCAAAUGGACAUCUCUGUGGAAAUCUCUGUGGCAUGUUGCCAUUUAAACCCUAUGUACCUUGGACUCCCUGUAUAUUAGAAUGUAUACUGUUUUGCA